AGAUGCGUUGUGACCGCUUAUCUGGUAAUCCUUAUCCGUAUCGGUCCGCAACGCAAUUGAGUGAGAGUGAGGCCCUUAUUUAUCUCUCUCCGCCAAAUUCUGGUUGGGAUUGGUUCUUCUUCCACUUCCAACGCCAUGCCUCUUUUUGGAAUUUUCCAGAUACCCUCAUUUAUGGACAUAAUCACUGACCUCGCCAUGUUCAUUACUCCGCUAUGGAUUGCGGUUAUCGUCGGCGUCGUCGUGGGCUGGGCGUGGAAGCCCAAAUGGGCCUUUCACCCCAAAGACGCUCUUCUCAAGUUUCGCUCUCCUCGCCCUCCCAAUCCCCAAAACGACACCGCUUUUACCUACUCCGCCACCAGUUCCUCCGCGCGUGAGAAAGACGCGAGUGGGAGUCCUGUGGUGACGGAAGACGAUUUGCUGCAUCUGUGGAAGUUGGUUGAGGAAAAAGACGGAGGGCGGGCAUGGAUUCAGAUGAUGGACCGUUCUACCCCGACCAUGACCUAUCAAGCGUGGCGUAGGGAUCCUGAGAGUGGACCGCCGCAGUACCGGAGCAGAACGGUGUUCGAAGACGCGAGUCCUGAGUUGGUGAGGGAUUUCUUUUGGGAUGAUGAGUUCAGGUUGAAGUGGGAUGACAUGCUUAUACAUGCUUCCACCAUACAAGAGUGUGUCCUCACUGGAACAAUGAUGGUGCACUGGGUGCGCAAGUUUCCCUUCUUUUGCAGUGACAGAGAGUAUAUAAUUGGGAGGCGAAUUUGGGACGCAGGACGAAUUUACUACUGUGUCACUAAGGGAGUACCUUGCCCCUCCAUGCCAAGGCAUAAUAAACCUAAACGAGUUGAUUUAUUUUAUUCAAGCUGGUGUAUUCGUGCAGUUAAAUCAAGAAAAGAUGACCAGCUGACUUCAUGUGAAGUGUUAUUGUUUCAUCACGAAGAUAUGGGAAUUCCCUGGGAAAUUGCUAAGCUUGGAGUUCGACAGGGUAUGUGGGGAGCUGUCAAGAAGUUUGAUCCAGGACUACGGACAUAUGAGAAACAAAGGGUUUCUGGUACCCCAUUGUCACCCUGUGCACGUGCUGCUAAGAUCAACACUAAAGUAACCAUGGACUAUGUGAGGUCUCUGGAAAACACGACCAGUGACUUGUUGGAGACUGAAAAUCAGGAUUCUUCUGACAAACCAGGUGGAAGGAACAUACCUAAGCUUUUAAUUGUUGGUGGAGCCAUUGCCCUUGCCUGCACUCUUGAUCAAGGACUACUGACUAAGGCAGUUAUAUUUGGAGUAGCCCGAAGGUUUGCAAAAAUGGGAGGAAGGAGGUUGUGAUACAUUAUGCUUUUUGCUUUGAGAAAUUGCCAGGCCAGCCAAUUCCCUCUGGCAGUAGAAUUAGAAAUUGAGAUGUCACUUCUUGCUUUGGGGCAAAUGUUUAUUCUGGAUCUAGUUGGCAGCCAUGGUUCAAGAAGAAUGGUAUUAUUCUUUCUCCAUUUGUUUGAUCUAUGAGGCGGCUUUUAACUGGAAAUAGCUACAUUGUAUCUUUAUGUCAUUAAAAAAAGAUUGUCAUGCUGCAGGAAUAACAUCAAUAUUCAGGUUUUUCUUUUAGUUCAUGUUUUUUUUACUGUUAGCUCUCUCUGCCCUCUUCUUUUUCUACCGUUUGAUUCUGAGAAAUACAGUGAACAAGAUAUGGUAGCUCUCAAAA